CACUGCGCGCAUGCAUCACUCAGGAUCAGCUAACUACUAGCUACACGUCCAUGGUGUCGCAAGAAGACUAGGCGCCCCAUGAACCAUUUCAGCACAUUUACGAGUUCCCCAAUCCAUCAGUUUACCUGGAAUAGAUACUGAAAACACAGUAGACUUGGUUUUGGUCAAAACCGCCUUGUGUCAGCUAUUCUAGUUAAAGCCACUAUGGACUCGAGAGACAUAGCCCCUGAUUCGUGGGAACAGGAGGACGAUGUUGAGGCCACGGCUGAUACCGAACUUCAGUCCGCCUUCACCGGGCUCAACGUUAACGCUCCGGAAUUCGUACCAUCCUUUCUUUCUCGGGGUCCACCGGAAAACGAUACGUCUGAUGGCACUGAUGCAGUGGCGAGCAUGGAGAUCUCAGAACCAGUGGCUGCAGUGGAGAAUGGAGAGACAGAUGCCAGCGCAGUGGAGACGUGGGAGCAGAAGGGAGAGCUGGAUGAGGAGGAACCAGGAGGUGGAUCCCCAGCUGAUACUGGAUGCUGUGGGGAUGAGGAACAGGAUGAAAUGAUGGAGGAGGAUGAAGAGAUGCCGACCCCCAAGCUGCCUCCUCCUCUACCAGAUGCCCCUAAGAAGGAACAUGUGAAUGUUGUGUUCAUUGGACAUGUGGAUGCAGGCAAGUCUACAAUUGGUGGACAGAUUAUGUAUCUAACUGGUAUGGUGGACAAAAGAACGUUGGAGAAAUAUGAACGGGAGGCAAAAGAGAAGAACAGAGAGACUUGGUAUCUUUCCUGGGCUCUAGAUACAAACCAAGAGGAAAGAGACAAGGGGAAAACAGUAGAAGUUGGAAGAGCCUACUUUGAAACUGAGAAAAAGCACUUUACUAUUCUUGAUGCCCCGGGCCAUAAAAGCUUUGUACCCAACAUGAUUGGGGGGGCAUCCCAAGCUGACUUGGCAGUGCUGGUCAUCUCUGCCAGAAAGGGUGAGUUUGAGACCGGUUUUGAAAAGGGAGGUCAAACGAGGGAGCAUGCCAUGCUGGCCAAAACAGCUGGAGUCAAACAUCUGAUAGUCCUCAUCAAUAAAAUGGACGAUCCCACUGUGAACUGGAGUUUGGAUAGAUAUGAGGAAUGUAAAGAGAAGUUAGUGCCAUUUCUGAAGAAAGUAGGCUUUAAUCCAAAGAAAGACAUUCACUUCAUGCCGUGCUCCGGACUGACAGGAGCCAACUUGAAAGAAUCUUCUGAGUUGUGCCCCUGGUACACGGGAUUGCCGUUUAUUUCACAUCUGGACAGCCUGCCAAACUUCACCAGAUCAACUGAUGGUCCCAUCAGAUUGGCUAUUGUGGAUAAAUACAAGGACAUGGGCACCGUGGUGCUUGGAAAACUGGAGUCUGGAUGUAUCGGAAAAGCACAACAGCUUAUUAUGAUGCCAAAUAGGCACACGGUGGAGGUGUUGAGUCUUCUCUCUGAUGAUGUGGAGACGGAUUACGCCGGGCCUGGUGAAAACCUGAAGCUCCGGCUCAAAGGCAUUGAGGAGGAAGAGAUUCUCCCAGGUUUUAUCCUAUGCAAUGCUGAGAACCUCUGCCACUCAGGGCGCACUUUUGAUGCCCAGAUUGUCAUUAUUGAACACAAAUCCAUUAUAUGCCCAGGUUACAAUGCAGUACUACACAUCCAUACCUGCAUAGAAGAAGUGCAGAUAACAGCAUUAAUCUGUCUGGUGGACAAGAAGACAGGAGAAAAGAGCAAGACUCGCCCACGCUUCGUCAAACAAGACCAAGUAUGCAUCGCCCGUCUUAGGGCUGCAGGAACUAUCUGCUUAGAGACUUUUAAAGACUUCCCUCAGAUGGGACGUUUCACCUUGAGAGAUGAGGGUAAGACAAUCGCAAUUGGCAAGGUGCUGAAGUUGGUACCUGAGAAGGACUAAAUGUGGGUGGAAGGACUUCCGUGGUGCACUCUGGGAUUGAGGAGGAUGCAGUGAUGUGUGCCUGCCAGAUGUCCUCCAAACUGCUCCAUCUUCCCACUGUGGAUCAGUCUAAGAAAAAUACUUUGGAAAAAGGACAUUAUCAAAGUGACAGUAUCAAUUUUAGGAAGAACAUUAACAUAGAAAGACAAACUCAGUGUGACAGCUUUCUCAUAUUGAGAGCUCAGCUAUGCCACUCAUGUAGCCCAAUUUUUAAAGCCAGCUUCUCUCUACUGGUACAUAUUCAAUCUUAAAAUGGAUGCAAUUUUCUUUUAAGGCAUUGGCUUUUUCUUUUUAUGUUAAAAUACAGAUGACAGAGGGAGUCUUGGUGUCAUCUCUUUGAGAGGUUAAUGCCGUUCAAACAUAACAUUCAGAUCACCCCCCCCCCCCCCCCCCCCACACACACACACACACACACACACACACACACACACACACACACACAUACACAAGAAUGCAGGGUCUCUGGUUGCAUAUCACUUUAUAACAACAUCAUCUGGACAGUUAGAGACUGCUGACUGUUUUAUUAUGGCAUGAAAGGGGUCCAUACAGGGUCAGAGCUUGCCAGUACCCUUGCUCUUUACCUUGAAAGCCCUGCAAGAGUCAAGAUCAGGUCAUACAAGAGGCCUUGGUUCUUCAAAUAAAAUUACACUUAUGUAAAGAUGUAAUCAUGCACAAGAUGAGCAGAUGAAUGUGUUUACUGUGAUGUCAUUACAUAACAAAUGACAAAUACACCCAUGUGGUUAAAAAAAAAAGAACUGGUCACAGCAGCUGGGGUAAAUUCUGUACACUCCUGUUGGGGAUGUAAACAUCAAACUUCCAAAAAAAAUAAAACACUAAAAUGACUUUAAAUGAAAA